AUGCCUAAGCCGAAUGCUCGUCGAGACCCCGCCUACAGUCCGUCGGGACGACGAUAUGCCCUGGACCCCGGUUCUCCAGUGCGACGCUCAAAGCGUCUGGAGGUAGGAAGUGCUUCUCCGUCGCCUUCCAUAGUCCUGCGCGCCACCACCCCUGACGCCAGGCAACUUCAUGAGACACUGCGUGCAGCGUCCGAAAGCCCUACAAAAGAAGGGCGUGACAGCAGAGCAAGGGAAAGCAGUAUCCAUUCUAGCAUCACUCCCUCACCACCUGUUCAACGGACAAUUUCAACAGCGUCUACUCCAUCAGCCCCGUCUCUCAAUCCUGCUAUUGCCACAGAAAACGAUGGUGAUGCUCUAGAGCAGCAGAGUGAUCGUGGGUUCUCGUUUUUUAGAUAUCCUCGUCUUUCGUCUAUCGGGCUCGGCAGGAAGGCUGCUUCGCCUGCUGUGAGUUCUCCGCAGGCCGAGGAUCCCUUUGAUGGCGACUCGGUGAUAUCUUGGCAGCUGGAGCGCGAGUUGCAUCGAGAUAAUCUACAGCGUACGCGGCCGGAUGAUUAUCCCCGUGAGUCUGGCUCUGCGGAAGGUCGGAAUAUUAGGGCGCCUCCACGGCGGCUUUCUGGGCUCACGUGGACGAAUGAUACCACUCAUAAUACUGUGAACAAUAACGAAGAUGAUGACGACGACGACGACGACGAUGAUGAUGAUGACAACGACAACGACGCAAAGUCAGAGACUCCAGAGAUAAGAACUGCGGCUGCGAAGACGGUCAUAUCGACUGCUCACAACGAGUCUGUCGACGAGAGCGUGGCUGGAAGUGUGCGACCCUCUACUGCUGACCGGCCCGUGACUCCUAUCGACAGACAUCGCCGCCCACCUACAUUUACAGUGCCGCCAACGGAGAAAGGUGAAACAAAGUGGCCUCUGUUAAUUGCUACAGUUUUGACGGCGCUGGUUGUCGCAUUAUUAGCAGCUACGAUGUUCUUUUUAAGAGAUCAUCUCGAGUACAAUAAUCCAUUCAUGCAUCAGCCCAAACCCUAUCCAACAUUUAACAGCACCGACGACCGGCUCAUCACGCAGCUAUCGAAUGAGGUUGAUAAACUCGGCGUGCAGAUUUCUUCUGUAUCCCAAGACAUUCAUCGCCUAUCCUAUGAGCAGAGACAAAUGGUCGAUCAGGUAACAAUUGUGAGCCCAGUACCUGCCGAACUCGAACCGAGAAUCAACUUCCUCUCGCCAGGCCUAGGAACGCAUGUCGACCCCUUACUCACAAGCCCCAGCAUUGGUACUAGGAGAACUCUGCCUCGCCGUCUCUACGAGAGCCUCUCUGGCAACUAUAUGCCGCUACCCAAUCCGCCGGAAGUCGCACUGGAAGCAUGGGAUGACAUUGGCGAUUGCUGGUGCAGCGCGCCAGGACAAGAGGGGCAAGCGCAACUCGCGCUUGAACUUGGACAGCGCGCGAUCCUCGACGAGGUUGUUGUCGAACAUAUCCCGGCCAGUGCGUCCCUGGACCCGAGUGUUGCGCCUCGUGAAAUGGAGCUGUGGGCACGCUUCAGACCUUUCCAUGGGCAAUACACCGGGCCGCCGCCGGCACCUCCUUCUAAUGAUGCUUCUAGCACCAAAAAUUCUGGCUGGUUUGGUCUAUUCCAGCCAUCAUCUUCUGUACCACCACCACCUUCUUUUACUUCCUCGCCAUCGUCACUCUCCUCACUACUCGACGCAAUUCUAAAGACGCUACGACAGGCGUACCCAUCCGAAAUGGAAAAUGCAUACUCAAACGACCGUCUUCUUGGACCGGCCUACUUCCGUCUCGGAAAAUGGGAGUACGACCGAACGGGAGACGCGGUUCAGCAUUUCGCGCUCAAUGCGCUUAUCGACUAUCCGACUCUGCGGGUGGACAAGGUCGUGCUGCGGGUGAGCUCGAAUUGGGGAGGGAAUCAUACGUGUUUGUAUCGGGUGAAAUUGCACGGGCAUGUUUGA